AUGCGAUUCCCCGUAGCGUUUGAAGCGGUCGUCAAUCGCUCAGUGGUGUUGGAGCACAUUCCAGAGACUCACGAGCUUCGCGUGCACAGUAUUGACGAGGAGAAGGUUGUGGAGGUGGAAGGAAAUGUUGAAGUUGAAGUGGAGGUGAAUGAGUCAGCGGUUCGAAGCUGUAGCUCGACUGCCUCGGCUUGUCCUGCUGCGUUGAAUGAUACCGUGCUUGAUGAAGAUACUGUACCCCCGCCUUCGCUGGAGCCGACUGAUCGCUUGGUGCGAGUCGAUGGAGAGGAAGUCUCCGUGCUGUCGUUCCAAGACGUUAUCGACAGCCCCGUGGGGAGUGUAGCAGUGCUGCCAUUGUUCAAACCCGUAGGGUCGGUGCAUGUCCUCUCCGGGUUCGCGCGAGUGGAGAUAUUGUCGCCGAAAUUUCUCGAGUUUGAACCUGCGACGCCAGAGCGAGAGGAAGUAAUAGCAGCCUGGCUCGAAGAGAAAGCGCGGUUGAAAGCAGAGCGAGAAGCUCGCGAGCGAGAGAUUGCGAACAACAAAGAGCUUCAAGCGAGACUUGAACAGGAGCGCCGCGUGGCUGAAGCUCUCGCCAAGAAAGAACAAGAACUUCUCGAAAAGCUGGACAAGGAGGAAUAUGAGCGAACACGCAUGACUCCGCAUAACCUAGCUGCUGAAAAACGUCGAGAUGGCUGGGAAUUCCGCUACGAGGUCGAGUUCGCGACAAUAGGCCCUAUAGGGCUAAACUGGGACUUGAACACAAGGGACAAGGCUGUAGUGAGUCAUUUGGAGUCGAAGCUGCCGGCCCAGAAGCUCAAUGUGAUUGCGCCGCGCGACCAGUUGAUUGCAUUGAACGGUAUUGACACAUCAAAAAUGGGUCCCGAAGAGGUCGUGCAAGUGUAUCUCAGCUCGGCUACUCCGCGCAAACUCGUGUUCCUCGUUCAAAUGUCUGCUGAGCGUGCGGCUGCUAAAGCUGCGGAAAAACCUAUCAAACGAAUGGUGAUGAACUGGACGUUAGCUUUCGACGCCCCUGAAGUGUUACGCGGAUGGGAAGUGCGGUUGCACUUAGCUUCUUGGAGUACAGAGCCCGAGAUGGAGAUCACCGAUAACAAUGCUACUUUACCGAUGAGACUGGCAUUCGCGACGCCAAUAUCGGGGUGCAACACAUUCUCAGAUUCGCCUCAGGCAUCUACGAAUGAGAACGCGGGUGUUGUCUAUCUCGCUUUUCGUGGAGUCUGCACGCUUAUUGAAAAGGCGAACCAUGCUAAAGCUGCAAACGGCAAGGCGCUUGUGAUCGUGAACAAUGUCAAGGACGAAGGCAGGUUCCAACCUACGACUGUUACUGAUCGUGUGGAGAUCCCCGUUGCUCUGUAA